UCCAGGGGGGCAACACGAGGACCAAAGGGGUUGUCUUUGCCAGGGUGACAUGUUCGAAUGAGUGGCUUUGCUAUGCCCUGUAUGCCAUCCCAACUCAACAGCCCAACUCGUAGUUGACGUUACCUCUCAAUAAGAUGGUGGAACAGAUUGAGCGGUUUGUUCCUGCUGGAAAGGGAUCUCUGGUCGACGAUGCUCCUGGUUGGAGUAGCGUUAAAAAUAAUAGUUCUGAUCCAUCCAGUCGAGAAGGUCCCAUUUGCUGGAAGUGUCGAGGGACGGGCGAAAAGAAGGACAAGAAGAAAAAGCGAAAACACUCCGAAGCUGUAAGCAAUUGUUCGGUCUGUCAAGGAAAGGGCCAUUUGCCUCCCAAACAACAAGAAGUGGUGGCCCAAGAAUCUCGACCCGGGGAAAUAACUCGAGCACGUCAAUCUCCACCUAACUGGACCCCUCAAGGACCUGUUCCUGCAGUCCUGCUACCAACCACACAGUCGUCUCCACCCCACAAUCUACAAAAGGCCAUCCAACUGGUUCGUUUGGCGGAGACUGCCAACCAGGAAAUUCUUGUCAUUCUGCCAGAGUCGCAAACACCAACUGACGACAACAACAAUAAUCAAGAGAUUUCAGUGAAGAGUCCAUUUCAAACAAACACAGAGGACCCCAUUCCUCCAUGGCUCCCUCGUCGAGGAGAACAAUUGUGCAAUCUUAUGGGACAAUGGAGAAUUCUGCAACGAGUCGCGUCGCAUCGAUGGACGACCGAUGAUUUGGUCACAUCCUUUCUGGCGGGGCGUGUGUCUCGAGAGCAACACAUUACGAAAAACAACAACAACAAGACAAUUCGCUAUCUGGACUUGGGAUGCGGCAAUGGCUCGGUAUUGCUCAUGACCACGUGGCAAUUACUGAAGAAUCAUUCUACCAACAACAACCGGAUUACUUGUACGGGGGUUGAAGCACGGCAAGAGGCGGUCGAAUUGGCACGACGAUCCAUUGCCUUUAAUGUGGGCGACGAGAACAGCAACAACAACAAUUGUACGGUGAACGUGCAUCAUGGCGAUUUUCGAACCGUCCUCGACAGCAUCCUCAAUCGUAGCCAAGACGACGACAACAACAAAGAAUGCCACUACUACGACUUGGUCACGGGGACGCCACCUUACUUUCGUGUGGAUUUUACCGUCCAGAACAACAAUGACAAGGUAGUGCAAAAAGCCGUCAUUCAGCAAGGUGGAAUGCCCACUUGUAAACAAUCCGCACCGGCACGAUGUGAAUUCCGUGGUGGCAUUGAAGCCUACUGCCAAGCCGCUUCGACGGCCAUGCACAGACAAUCCAUUUUUUGUGUCUGCGAAAAUUGGCUCAACAAUGAUCGGGUAUAUCAGGGUGCCGCGCAGGCUGGUUUAGUGGUGGUACAAGUGCUGCCGAUUCAAGGACGAACCGGCAAACCGUGUCCGUUGUUUGCCGUCUACGUCAUGAGGAAACAAUCCUAUUUUCACGAGGAGCCGCCAACGGAUACGCAAGUGUUGGAUUGUGUGAGUGUCCGAGAUGAUCAAGGAAACUGGACACCCGAAUACCAACAAAUAUUGCAAGCCAUGUCGAUCCCAGUGAUGCCUGUGGAUUGAUUCUUGAAAACCAAUGGUAUGAACUACUAGCUAGCGCUAACGGUAGCUAGCUAGUCCAUUCAUCGAGGCUAUUUCGCGACGUUGCUGCGAAGGGACAAGGUUCCGCGUACUAGCUAGAGCAGGGACAGAUUGGGCUGGGCGGUACAGUUCCCGAAAGCACAACGUGGAAGAGGAAAACUGUUGGUAAUGAAUCGAAUUGAACCUAGAGAGAUCAUCUCGAAGCUGCUGUAGGACUAGCUAGUACCAUGUAGUACCGGUAGAUAGUAAUUGCUACACGCCGGAUCCAGGACACAACGGAGAAGACUAAAGGAACUCAAUCUUCCCACAAGAAAGGCCUCAAGUAAGAGCAAGCAUUGGCUAGCUUCUAGUGGCGAGCAGCUACAUGUAGUUCCACUGGUAGACUAGUGUAUUUCGAUGGAUUCGAUUCAGCAAUCUGGUGGUCCACAAUGAAUAGUGGCAUUUCUAAGUAGUUAGUAGCAUCAGUCUGCAUUGUUGUGUUUUCUUUACUCAUCCUCUGGUGCAUCACCAUCUACUUCUUCAUUUUCGAGUGCCAUUCGUUCCAUCAUAGCUGCCAAUUCUGUUUCUUCCUUGAUACUGACAGCCUUGGGUGCCAUUUUGACAUCAAUUUUACCUCCCUUUUCUGAAAUCUUUCCACGAAUGACAUCAAUCGCCGAGUUGAGCAGAGCAAUUCCAACUUCUUUUUCCAGUGUGGUUGUCGACAUGACAUAGAUAGGAGGUGCGAUCAGUUUGAUUUUGAUUUGCGAAUUGUCAGUUCCCACCUCCAUGCCCGCAAAUAGGGCAUCGCGAAUGGCAUCAAUCCCUUCGUAGGUAAAGCAGCUGACUUCAAUAUCCGAUCGGAUUUUGAUGGGUUGAGGUGCCAAUCGUCGCAAAAUGUACGUUUUGAUUUCAUCCUUGAGAUCCUGUGGGACAUCAAUAUCGGUGAAGGGAUCCACCGCAUUCUUUUCAUCCGAAAUGGCUAAACGAAAGGCAUCAUAGGCAUGUCCGUAUUUCUUGUAGAGUGGCCAUCCAAUUCGUUCAUAGAUGUCUUCCAAGUAGAACUUUCUUCGUUCACAGACAUGUCGAAAGACACCAUGAACUGCUUUGGCCUUGUUGAAGCGCUCUUCACAAGCAGCAACAUCUUCGGGACUGACUCGACGUUUGGACAAGUCAAUGUAUCCCUUGUCCUUGUCAACACGCAAAACCAUGACAACUUCAUUACGAUUGACUCGGAUGAGUCUGUGAAUGGAUCGAAUACGACGACGUGACAGUUCACUCAACAGGAUCAUUCCCUCGAUGUUGUUGUAUUCCAGCAGACUGACAUAGGCACCCAUGUCGGCAAUGGAACGCACAUUGACCAUCACCACACUCUCAAUUUCCGGGAAUUGGUUUUCGUAGAAACGACAAUCCAGAUUCUUGCGAUCAUCGUUCAAGUAGAGGCGAAACCCCCCAUUCUCUUCAGGACCCAGCAGAGCAGCUGUGGCAGAAACAACUGGUGCAUCAUCCCCGCCUUCUUUUUUGGUUUCUUCCUCUGCUGACAUUGUCAACGUAAAUUUCUAUUCUGAGAUGAGAUAAGGGAAAUAGUUCUUCGCUUGCUAGCUAGCGGUAGUCAAGCUAAUCGGCGCAGAUUGUUGGUUGUAGAUUGCUGGAGGUGGCAGGGGAAAUCGUCUGGGAGACUCACUCUGGAGGGUAUAUCCAGCUAUAGUUACUUGCCCACUCACUUAGAACGCCAACAAGCGGACCUUUGUAGACAACUUGGGUCCUGAGUACGGUAGCAAAGUAGAUUAGCCUCCUCAACAAAACCAACUCAGUUCGGAUGGAUGAUUGCUUUAAUAAGUAAAUCUGUUUCGUCGGUGUGGGUCUCGUGGAUGGAGGCGAGUGACGGCCGAAUAACUUGAGGUGAGGAUGAGGUCUGGCCUUCUACCAAAAAUGCUUAUCUUUUGCCUGCACCUGUUACAGUGCAAAUACAGCUCAGUCGCGUUAUUUACUGAUCAAAUGG